AACGAUGAGGAAACAAGCAGUGAUUGUGAUUACGACGAGGCCGUAGAGUUAAUAGGUCAUGGCCGCUAUAACUACUUACAGCUGGCAGCUUGCAGCAUUAUCAGCAAUGCGGUGGGAGUUGACAUGUUCGGGUUCGGCGUCAUUCUCGCAGCAGCGACUUGCGAUCUUCAACUCGGUGUCUUCGAGACUGGUUUGCUGGCGUCUGCGCCUUUUGCAGGUAUAAUAUUCGCGUUUCCAUGGGGCUACUACGCGGACACACAGGGCCGGCGACGAGCGCUGCUUCUCUCCACUUCUGUAGGAUUCCUUAUGGCAAUACUCGUUGGUUUCGCGCCUGAUUGGAAGGUCAUGCUGGCCCUUAAGUUUAUAGGAUGCAGUUUCUCGACGGCAGGGUUCAAUCUAACGAUGACGUAUUUAGGCGAGUGCACGGGCAGCAAGCGCAGGAGUAAAUACCUCUUUAUAAUCAACAGUGCUGAAUUAGCAGCGGAAUUUGUGUUUUAUACCAUGGCUUAUUUACUUCUACGGCUGGAUUUUGAGUUAUUUAUACCGUACCUUUCGAUCUCAUUUCGCCCGUGGCGCUUGUAUGCUCUGUUGCUGUCAGUUCCGCUGGGGUUGGGCACUUUUCUGCUGCUGUUUCUGUAUGAGAGCCCCAAGUUUCUUGCCAGUCGGCGAGACACAGAACAAGCUCUUCGAGUAAUGCGAACUAUGUAUAGAAUUAAUGGCGGAAACGAAGACACUUAUCCAGUGAAAACAUUGAAAGUACCCGCUAAUGAAGAGUCAACCAAGGACUCGUUCUGGAGCUCCAUAGUGAAUCAAACAGUGCCUCUGUUCAAACCUCCGCUGCUGUGGAGAACUAUUCAACUUUUCUACCUGAUGGCUAUUUGCUGCAGCACGUAC